ACCACAUCCAGUAGGCUACUGCGGAGGAGCUAGUGCGCCUUUCUAGAUGUCAGGUGACAUUGGUGACGGUAGGGAAAGAACUCCCCCGUAGCGGUAUUUCCUGACAUCCUAGGCUAUUAUGGAACAGUCUACGCGCUCUGGGCGCGCUUGCACGGUUCAUUGAGCGACAACACAGUCAAGAGAUCUCCGAUUGUUCACGGUGGGGCGGCAUGCCGUGUUGUAUCUGCGCUUAUCGCUGCAGUCUUUUCAGAGCAUUGAAGGCGAUACAUGUGAGCAGCUCGCAGAAGAAUUGCUGUUUGAUUUCUCGGCGUGUGCAGUGAGUGUGCUGAUUGCACUGAGUAUUGAGCAGGAGCAAGCAAUUCGCAGUUUACAGCAGUCGUAUAGCCUACCCGUCUUCACGCUUGACGCAAAGAUGGAAUGACUUGUUCGGAUAAACAACCUGCUGUGAUUUUCUCGCUCGUAUAAAUGAUAGGAGAUACGAUGACACUGUUGUCUCUCUUGGGUCGGAUCAUGCGUUAUUUCUUGCUUAGACCAGAGACCUUGUUUCUCCUGUGCAUCAGUUUGGCACUAUGGAGUUACUUCUUCCACACGGACGAGGUGAAGACCAUCGUCAAGUCCAGCCGGGAUGCCGUCAAGAUGGUCAAGGGGAAAGUGGCGGAGAUCAUGCAGAAUGAGAAAUUCGGAGGUCUGGACGUCCUGGACGCGGAGUUCGCCAAAACCUGGGAAUUGAAGAACAACAACGUCGCGGUGUACUCCAUACAAGGACGGCGCGACCACAUGGAGGACCGCUUUGAAGUCUUGACAGAUGUUGUGAACAAGAGUCACCCAUCCAUAUUUGGGAUUUUCGACGGCCACGGUGGGGAAGCCGCAGCUGACUAUGUGAAGAGCCACCUGCCGGAUGCGUUGCGGCAGCAGCUGCAGGUGUACGAGCGCGAGAAGGAGAACAGCGUGCUGAGCUACCAGAGCAUCCUGGAGAAGCAGAUCCUCAGCCUGGACAAGGAGAUGAUCGACAGGCUGUCGGAGCAGUACGACGAGGCCGGUACCACGUGCCUGGUGGCCCUGCUGUCCGAUAAGGAGCUGACGGUGGCCAAUGUCGGGGACUCCAGGGGGGUGCUGUGCGAUAAGGACGGCAACGCCAUCGCUCUCUCCCACGAUCACAAGCCCUACCAGCUGAAGGAGAGAAAGAGGAUCAAGCAAGCGGGUGGCUUCAUCAGCUUCAAUGGCUCGUGGCGCGUGCAGGGCAUCCUGGCCAUGUCGCGCUCGAUGGGCGACUACCCGCUCAAGAACCUCAACGUCCUGGUGGCCGACCCCGACGUGCUGACCUUUGACCUGGACAAGGUGCAGCCCCAGUUCAUGAUCCUGGCCUCCGACGGCCUGUGGGACGCCUUCAGCAACGAGGAGGCCGUGCGCUUCGUCCGCGAGCGUCUGGACGAGCCGCACUUUGGGGCCAAGAGCAUCGUGCUGCAGGCCUUCUACCGCGGCUGCCCGGACAACAUCACCGUCAUGGUGGUCAAGUUCAAGGGGAACAACAACAGCGCUGGUGGUGGUGGUGGUGGGAAGCCGUCUGAGCACUGAUGCGAUUGGGUCUACUCUCUACCACCCCCUCUCUCUAUGGCAGCCAACCCCUUCCCUUUGAGAUGAAUUAUAUCCGCAAAUGUAUAGUGAAAUUCAAACUUGUAUGUACGUGUAGGUUUAAUGAUGACUAUUUUUUCUCCCCCAGUCAACCAAGAGUUUUUCGAGUCAUGGUCAACCAUGACAGAGCUGUCAAAUCAUGAAGUGGGAAUGGGUGGGUAUGUAUGUGGUCUUGUGGAUCUUGUUACCUGAACCCAUGUUGCUUUUUUUUAAUCAGGUCCAUUGCUUUCACGGGCAUUUCUGUUACAAGUUUUCAUCCGCGCCAUGUAAUUUACUGAAUGUGUUCAUUAUCAGGAGUUGCUGAUGGCUCUCCGUAGCAUAGACCAGUGUUUCCCAACCAGGGGUACGUGUACCACUAGGGGUACGCGAGGACACCUCAGGGGGUACGCUGAAAAAUGUAAUAAUAGCAAAUAUAUCGAGUAUAGUCACAUUGGGAUAGAGGAACAGAGCAUGUGUGAGGGCGAGGGGGUACUCAUCAUAUGACAAAAUGGUUUAGGGGUACGUAGGACAAAAAAGGUUGGGAAACACUGGCAUAGACCAUGUCAUGGCAAGAGGACUAGAAUAGUAUGAACUACUAACACUCUGACUGAUAGCAGAGUGGACUGAUGUGGGGACAUCUCCGCCUAGUACCGGAGUAAAAAGAAACUCCACACAGCUCAGUAAAAUGCCAAGUAGUUAAUGUAAAAUAAAAAGAGUUAGCUAUGGAUCCCAUUGAAAUGCUCUGCAGAUACUUGUCCUGUUCCAUGAUUCUUUGACUUACAGUCAUAAGAAAAAAUGUUUGUACACCCUUUGAAAUUUCUCACAUUUCUGUCAAAAUUGGUCAUAAAACAUCUGAUCUUGUUGGAAAUCGUAAGAAUGUAAAUAUUUGGGUGGAAUUAGUCAAGGCAGACUCGGUUUGAUCCUUCUUGUCAUUUCUGGCAAGAUCAGACCAUGUUUUAUGACCAAUAUUGACAGAAAUGUAACAUAGUUAAUUACUUAAUGAGUUAACAGAUUGGUUGGUUGGCCAGUUGAUUGAUUUCUUGGUUAGUUUAAUAAUCUAAAUGUUAGGAUGGAUGGAUGGAUGGAUGAAUUACAUCAAUGGAAUGAAUGAAUGAAUGGAUGGAUGGAUGGAUGAAUGAAUGAAUGAAUGAAUGAAUGAAUGAAUGAAUGAAUGAAUGAAUGAAUGAGUGAAUGGUAAAUUCAGUCUUAAGAUGCUCUCUUGUUCAAUCGCACACAGUGAAUCCUAGCGAUGUAAAUGACUCCCUGAAUGAUGCCACUGCAUCUCGCACCAGUAUGCUGCUCUCUCCACAGACAGAUGUCAGUAUAUGUUUGUGUCAACUCGAGAAAAUGGCCUGUCAUUAUUAAUACAUUGGCCUAGAGAUCCUAGCAGACAAGGUUUAGUUUGUCUAUGAGGGGAAAUGUGUGUCAUUAUUCAACUCAGGGGUGCAUUUCUGGAAAGCGUAGUUGUUAGCAGUUAGCAACUCCGGUAGUUGCCAAUGGAAAAUUGCAUUGCAACCAACAAAGUAGCUAACAUAGUUUGCAACAACACUUUCCAGAAAUGCACCCCAGUUCUGGAAGUUGUCCAGUAACAUUUACAGGUCUUGAAAUGUGGCUCUCAUCAGUGCAACGUUCUCCAUUGCCAUGUUGUUAAAUGUAAAUGGUUAGUUUCAACGAAUACGUAUUAUUGAAUGCAAACUGACUUGACGUAAUGACAAAUUGUUACCUGUGUAAAGAGAAUGUAAUCCGAUAGACCAAGUAUGAAUUUAUCUUUUUAUUAAAUUAUGGAAUUGAAAUAUGACAGUGUAGGUGUAGGUAGUCACCAUCUAAUCUCUAGAUUCCUUGUAAAAAAAAAAAAAACCCUGAAGAGUCUGAAAGUGUUGGUGGUCAGAUGAACUCCCUUCAUAUCAUGCUUUGUUUUCAGGUUACCACACUAUGUCAAGCAAUUUUGUUAAACAUGUUAGGAUUGUGUUUUUCAGAAUUUUAAGUGAAUUUUAGCAAGUGCCAGGCAUUUCAUUGUAGAAUUUUGAGAAUAACAAAAUAAUAUUUAACAUAAAACUGUCAAAUCCAUUUAACAUUAAGCAGUUAUUCUCUUAGCAUAUAGACAUGCAUUAUACUAUGUACAAACAAAUAGAGUUUUGAAGUGGAUCUUUUAAAGGAGUUUAUUGGACUAUAUCAAGGUGUGACUUGUAUAUCUAAUACAGAUUUCUGGAAGGCCAUUAUUAUUGGCCUGAUACGUUUUCUUUGCAUCACUCUAUGGUAUUUCUAAUCCACUGACGUAACAUAGUAGCAUAACAUGGCUCAAACACUUUCAGAUUCUACAUUUUCUUUAUUGCCUUAUGUCCAACUGUAUCAACUGUAUUGGAACUACACCCAUUAAUGCUUUUCCCUCCAAUGUACAGUGUCCUCUUUAGUUGAAAUGUCAGUCGGACUGCACCUGAUUUUUGUCGCCUUUCAUAAAAUGUAGCUUAAAAUUGCUUUUGUAGUAAGCCUAAGCACAUACAUUAGUCUACUGUUUAAUUUGCCUCUGUACCAAACAUGGAACCUAGAACUGUCUGCAUAUUAAAGGUGUGUCUGUGCAGGGAUUAGAAGAGGGUCAGUGUGUAGGAUAUCGCUAUCUUAUCAUGAUAUACAGUACCUGAUCACAGUGUUUUGAUGGCACCCAUUCAGGGGUGCAUCUCUGGAAAGCGUACUUGUUAGCAGUUAGCAAGUUCGGUAGUUGCCAAUGGGAAAUUGCAUUGCAACCAACAAAGUAGCUAACAUAGUUAGCAACUAUGCUUUCCAGAAAUGCAACCCAGCAUUGUUGAUCAUGAUCAUGUGGACAUUAUUGUUGAAAAGAUGAGUUGCCUAUUGGCUAAAUUGGUGACCAUUUCCUGAUCACUUUUGCCUUUCGUCACAUUUUACUUUUGGACGACAUGUUGUCUUCUCUUUAUCAUUAAAAAAAAGUGUACAGAAAAUGUUGGGAGACUGCUUUUAGCUGAAGAAAAAGUGAUGUAAUUGUCUAAUUCACUAAUUGACCUGUUAUUUUGUUUAUUUUCUACUCUUUGUUUGAGGACCGAAACUGUCGCUCAAUUCUGAAAACUAACCUCGAAAUGUCAAAUUUGUCAAACAUAUUCAGUCCUUUAUUUUUAUCUGGCAAAGCAAAUAUGUUGUCUGUAUUGGUGGAACAAAACCACAUAAACCUGUAGGCUACUUAUUCUAAAGACAUAGGCCUACUGUAAGUGACAGGCCAGGCAGGGCUGGUGCCAAAAGACACAACUUCCGAGGAGUCAGUGUAACGAAUGUAAAUAUGAAAUUCCAACGACAUAAAACCCAAUUCUUUCAAAGAAAAAGAGCAAUGCACCACAACCCUGGCUGUUCCGUUAAAUGUUCUACUAGGGUUGGUUGAUAAGUUUAUGUGUGUAAUUUUUGGAUGUAUAUUCUUCCAAAUUACUUAUGGUGUUGCAGAAUGUUAGUGAAUUUCUUUUUUUUUAUUUAAAGAUUUUUAACAAAUGCUUCUUUGUGAAAACAGAAAAUGCUGUGGAUUUUAAUAUGAAGUCAAAAUGAUCAUGCUGUCACAAUAAAAAUGAUUGAUGCUAUGUAUGUA